ACUGCAGAUGAACCAGGGCAGUUAGACGGCACAGAGCAAGUGACCCCACUCCACAGGCACGGGUUCGGGUCGGUUGUGUCCCAGUGGCUCCACGGAGCCAUGGCGGAGACCAUGCUUGAAAGGUUUCUCAUGGUGCUUUCCUGUGCUUUGUUUAGCCGCAGAGGUUGCACACGGGCCAUGGGCAAAUCAAACAGCAAGAAAAACAGCAGCGCUAGCAAUAACCCAUGGUGUGGUGAUGGUGGUGUUGCAAAGGGCUUGAUCGAUCCACUAUCAUAUGUGGAAGAAGAUGGGUAGGAGAAGCAAUGGUAGAGAAAGUAGCAAUGGUCAGAUUAGUGGCGCAAGACCCCAUCUGCGGCGUACACGAAGGGGGUCAACUUUGACUCAAAGUGAUGUGGCGCCUCACAGCAUCAGGUUGGUAUCAAUCGUCAUCGUUACCUCGUCAGCUUGCAAGUUUGAACCGUGUUCUAUUCAUCGGCAAGUGGUCUGAUCUGUGGAAUAGUACCACUAGCAUUUACUCAUUUACCAGUAAGAAUGGUGGAAUGGUCUAUUCUAAGAAGACCGUAAGUCAAUGCCAACACUAAACAUAAAAAUAAACCACAAAUAUGAUGAUUUUGUGCUCAAAAUCUGUUGUUCUGGAAGUAAACCUAUGUUUUGCACAAUUAUUUCGGCGUUUCUACAUAUUUUCUUAUCAUGCCUGUAUUUUUAAGCAACUAUUUUGAGCUAAAAAUUCGUUCAAGGAAAUUAAGCAAUGGCUGAUGAGAUUAACGUUGCUGACAUGCCUUGGGGCCUUAAUCCGCCAAUUUAAGAUGCGUCCACCAUUAGGAUUAUUCGGCACCACGUGUAUCCUUUCACUCAUAUUACUAUCAUUUUCCUCUAAAAGAAAAAAAAAUUAACGCAUGUGUUUCCCAACAGGUUUUACUUUAUUUACAGUAGAAUAUCUUAAUGCAACUUUUGCAAACUUUGCUACUUUACCUUUGAACUAAAGGAAAGAAAAUGAGCUGUUUUCAGCACCCUUGUGUUGGCUUAUAUUGGUAAAUUUGAAUAUUGAUGUACAUUUAUGCUAUGCAGUGAUAGCUUAAAACUGAAUAACUGUUUAGUAAAGGCACUGAAGAUUAAGGGCAGCCCCAGUGCAUGUAGCUCCCGCUUGCGCAGGGUCUGGGGAAGGGUCCGACCACUUUGGGUCUAUUGUAUGCAGUCUUUCCCUACAUUUCUGCAAAAGGCUGUUUCCAGGACUUGAACCCGUGACCUCUUGGUCACAAGGCAGCAGCUCUACCACUGCGCCAAGGAAGAUUACUGAUAAUUUUGGUUCUAGUUCCCUGGAGAUCGUAUGACAAAUUGCUGGACUCAUGAGAUGUUUCAUUGGCUAAUACUCAUGAGACCGUGUGACAGAUUGCUGGAUUUGUGCAAUAUGGAUUCCCUCCUCACACAAUAAGUUUGAAGCAUAUACUUUCAGAGCCUUCUUUAAAUGUUUUGGCAGCAGAGAGUUGGUUUUACUGUCAAUUUAUACAGAAGUAGUGCUAAUUAAAAUUAGCAUUUUUUAAUACUUGUAUCCACUAUUUCCGAACUAGGCUUUCGUCCCGCUUUAUAGAUAAAGCAAACAUCCAUACAAUCAAGUACCAAUCACGAUAGCAAAUAAGACGGCUGGGGCCACAGCACAAUCACACCCAAGAAAGAAAGAAGAAACAUAAAAAGGCCACCGGGUGGCAAACUAAGAAGCCGUCGUACGGGUGGAAACAAGGACCUCACUUGUAUCCACUAUUGGCAACCACUUAUCAUUUAGUUUUAUGAGAAACACAACAACCUGAGCAUUUGUAACAUUCGUACGAUCAGGGAUGCUAGAUAAGUGUCACUCAUCUAUUGGAAAAGACUCAAAGAGGCCUAGAAGCAAACCUUUUCAGCUUAGCUGCACAUCACAUGUUUGAGGGCUAAUCCAUUCCGUUAUUACUUCAGCAGGUUGCAACAUCAACAAAAGGCGCUGUACCUCCGUUGGUGGCAUGUAACAUUUGCCAUCUCAAUCAGAAUCAUGUCUCUGGACAGUUUGUUACAAGGCUCCUAUCCCCCUUGGAAACUGCAUGCCAGAACUGAAAAAAAGAGCUAUCAUUUCUCUCAACCACUCUCAUGACACCAGAAUUUCUGUUCUGUUCUGUGCUUCUCUGACAGCAGUUGUUACCGUGCUCGUCUCCUUGGAGCCAGACAGAUAGCCAGCCAGACAAGAGUGCCCAGAAAGCUAGCGUCCCUGCUUCAGCGCCACUCCUGCAGAUUUUUCUACGCGAGCAUUGUGAGUUUUCUGUAACUUCUUUUAGGUGGCAAGUCAUUGUUCUUGCUUGUUGCUACUGGGAAACUGGUUGCUUGGGGCUAGCUGCUGGUGGCCAGUGUGCUAUUGAAGUGGAAGCAAAGAAACCAGCGGCCUCUCACCUCCAUAUAAACCUCCGGGAGCUUGUGAAUGUUUCUUGCAGCCCAGAUCCUUGAGGAGGCAGAACGUCCAUGGCAUCUGAUCGCGUCGAGGUCGACACCGCCCGCCCUUUCCGGUCCGUGAAGGAGGCGGUGGCGGUGUUCGGGGAGCACAUCCUCGUCGGCGGGAGCAACUCCAGAUACAGCAGCAGUGCGGUUGCCAUUGCCGAUCCGCAUGCCAAUGCCACCCCUAACGCCAAGCACGAAGAUUGCAGUAGGAGCAGUACCGCCACCCUUUCUCCAGAUGCAAUGGCAGAGGUAGAUGCGGAACCGGUGCAUGAGGCAACGGCAGCUAUUGUGCCUAUGUACUCCGCGCACUCCUCGCCGUCGUUCACGUCGCCGCGUUCGGCGUAUGGCGACGACGGCGAGCUUGGUUGCCAAGACGACGAGGCCGGGCUCGCGGUCGUGAGCUCCAUCAAGAAGCUGGAGGCGGAGGUGGCCGAUACGAGACGGGAGGUGCUGCAGCUGAGGAAGAGGGGCACCGAGAUGGAGAUGGCCGUGGCCAGCCUCAACGCGCAGCUCCACCGAGGCCUCUCGAGGCUGGCCGAGAUCGAGGCCGACAAGGCUGCGGCGGCGGCACGGUGCAGCAUCCGUGGGGACGCCGACGUGAUGGCGGCGGCCAUGGUGCGGAGCGAGCGGUGGGCGGAGAAGUCCAGCACGUACAGCAGCGAGUACCUGCCGUCCUUCAGCCACGCGCUGAGCCUCGGCGAGAUCGACGACGACCUGCUCGGCGGCAGGAGGAGGAAGGCGCAGAAGGUGAAGCCCAUCGUGCCCCUCAUCGGUGACAUCCUCUUCUCCAAGAGUUUCUCCAAGAGGAAGAGCGGCAAGGACAGCGGGGAUCUCUCCGGCGUGUUAGGGUGAUCAUCACUUGCUUGCUUCGUGCUCAGGUUGUGGCUGCUUGCGUUGCGUGUGGUUUGGAUGGAGCAUGUGCUUUCUUUGGUCCUUUCUUUCUCUUUGGUUGGGGUUUUUCAUUUUUCUUUGUGCGAGCCUGUAAAUGUAAAAUAUUGAUGAAUGCUUUGUAUCUACCCCUUCGUCUCAAAAUGGAAGAUCAUUUCUUACACUAUCAUAAUGUAAAAAAUGAUGUUAUAUU